AUGGGGAAAAUCCCGGAGGUGAGCAGCUUGGGCGCCAGGAUUGCGGAGCUGCAGGCUCGUCUGGACGACGAAUGGGGUUGGCACUCGUGGCACGCCGCCUUCGGUCGGUAUCGCUCCUUUGUCAAAAGCCCUGUCUUCGAGAUCUCUUUUGCCAGCUUGAUCGUUGUCAACGCACUGGUGAUGGCGCUGGACGUUCAAGUCGUAGGCAUCGACAUCGGAGCGAAGCUCAACUAUGCGUCAUACCAGCCAACAGCUGUGACUGCACCCUGGGCAAGGCUCCUCGUAGAUCGUAUGGACCUCUUCUUUGGCAUUGCCUUCACCGCUGAGAUACUUCUGAAGUGCGCAGCCCUCGGAUUCGGCUUUCUAAAAGAUCCCUGGAACUGGAUCGACACUGGGAUCGUCUGCUGCUGGUACGUCGACGUCGCCGACAGUGCGCUGAUCCCGGUCAACGCCUCCCUGCUCAGGCUGCUGAGGCUGCUGAGGCUGCUUCGCUUGUUGAGGCUCGUCAGGGUGAUCAAGGCGUUCGACUCGCUCUACCUAAUCACCACUGCCUUGAAGGGGAGCGCCUUAAUCUUGACCUGGGCCUGCGUGCUGCUGCUCUUUCUGCAAGUGCUGGCUGCUCUGCUGCUGAACCAAGUUCUCUACGCGUUUUACUUCACCAACGAGCGCUUUCCGAUCAGCGAGCGCCAUCAGGUGUUCGCCUACUUUGGGACCUUCACGCGGUCCAUGCUCUCGAUGUUCGAGAUAACUCUAGCCGACUUCCCCGAGAUAUGCAGGCUGCUGACUGAGAACGUGUCGGAGUGGUUUAUGCUGGUGUGCAUCGUCCACAAGCUCAUCAUUGGGUUUGCCGUUGUUAGUGUCAUCAAUGGCGUUUUCAUCGAGGAGACGUUCAGAGUGGCAUCGUCUGACAACUUUGUCAUGAUGAGGGCGAAGGAGAAGACGUCCAAGAUACACGAGAUGAAGAUGAUGCAGCUGUUCUUACAAGCUGACAGCGAUCAAGACGGUCUCGUCAGCAGAGAGGAGUGGAGAGCACUCCUCAGUCAUCCAGCUGUUCAGCUUUGGAUCGGCUCCAUGGAUCUGGACGUAGAAGAUUCGGAUGGCCUGUAUGAUCUCAUCCUUGCAGAGGACAAGGAUCGUGGCCUCACCAUGGAUGGACUCAUCCGGGGUAUUGACCGGCUCAAGGGCACUGCGAAGAGCUAUGACGUGCAGCUGCUCUUGCGACAGGUGGGCUCGCUUGCGGCUAACGUGGACAAGCUCAAUACCAAGCUCACUUCAAGCAAGUACCAAGGAGCCUCUGUUUUGCAGAACUUGGCUGGCCCGGCAGAAGACAUCGGCAAGGAAGGACAUGCAUGCCAAUUGAUGCGGGGAGCCGCCUGGUGCUAA